AGCAAAGAACAACUGUUGAAGGUAAAACAAAUGGAAAGCUCUGUAAAACCAGGUUUCCGUGUCAUACGAGGCCCUGAUUGGACUUAUAAGAACCAAGAUGGCGGAAAGGGAUACGCAGGAACGGUUCUGAGACUACAUGGUGAACGCCAACCACAUUUUCCAAAGCUGUCUGUUCUCAUCCAGUGGGACAGUGGAGAUAAAGGUCUCUACCGGGCUGGCUAUGACCAGGGUUACGAUCUCAGGAUCAUUGAUACAGCUAAUGCAGUGUGUCAUCCAAAGGUCUGGUGUGACGGAUGCGACGUUGAUGAGAUUAGGGGGAUACGAUGGAGAUGCACCGAGUGCUACGCCAUUGACCUCUGUACCACUUGCUACAUGAAUGAUGAACAUGAUCUCAGUCAUAUAUUCAUGAGAGUGUUGUCUUCAGACAAAACAUCCAUGGGUCCUAAGAUGCUACCAAGAUCAUCAUCUCCUCGCCUUGCUCUUGAAGGAAGCUUUGCCGGAGCAAAGGUUGUCAGACAUCCCCAGUGGCACAAGAGACUUGAAUCAGAUAAGCUACUCGGGACAGUAGUCAGACAUGGACAGACACUUGAGGAUAAAGUCAAUGUACGAGCAGCGGUUGAGUUCUCUUCUGGGCGAGAGAGGGUAGACCUCAUUAAGAUGUUAUGUACACUACCAGGGUCAGGAGGUUUUGUGUAUGCUGGACACCUACCAAAUCUUGGGGAUCUGGAGCCAGUGAAUGAAGGAGACAACGUCCUGGUAACUGCCACUCCUGCAGAAUUAGAGGAACUCCACAAGCGCAGAGGGUUGUGGCAGCCUGUAAUGGUCAAAACUGUUCGCAAGAAGGGAUUUGUGAAUAGAAGAACGAAAUAUGGUGACUUCACUGUGACUUUCCAAGACAGCCAAGAAACCUUCACGAUGAAUUCUGCAGCUCUAAGGAAGAUUCAUCCAUUGUGUCUUGGUCAGCUUGUCCGCAUAAGUGAUAAUAUCGAGAUGGUCAAGAGAUUGCAGUCUAGACAUGGCGGAUGGACUGCAGCUAUGGAAAAGGCCAUCGGUACAGUUGGAAAGGUGGUAGAGAUUGAUGGAUCUGAAAUUCGUGUCGAAACCAAGGACAAUCAAAAGUUAAUUUUCAAUUCUGCAAAUCUGGCUCCGGAACGGAUUCGUGCUCCUGAACCAGAAGACAAGAGCAGUGAAGAAAUAAAGCGUGUUAUCUCUAGGGUCAAGCAGGAUCCCGAAUGGAGCAUCAUGGCUGCUGCAGAAGCAGGUGAUAUCAAAGAGAUGGAGCGUAUCUUGGCUAUUCACCCAGAGUGGAUUCAUUACCAGUCCGAGUAUGGUCUUUCGCUGUUGGGUUACUUUGCAUCUACCUGCAAUGUUUACAACGUGAAGUUUCUCCUUGAGAAAGGGGCCUUUAUUGAGUACAUUGACAUAAACGGCUGUACGCCACUGUUCCUUGCAACACAUCGCAACAAAUACGAAAUUGUGGAAUAUCUUCUAGAUCAAGGGGCUGAUGUGCAUGCCGUCAACUGGCGAGGCUACACAUGUCUCCAUUUGGCAUGUUCCCAAGGUUUCUCUCAAUGUGCACGUUAUCUGCUGAUGCACGGUGCAGACUUGAACCAAAAGGGCGAGAAUAAUUUGACACCUGCACUCCAAUCAAUAAUUGGAGGGAGAACCUUAGUGGACCUCAUCGUGGACAGAAAGGAAGCAGAUCUGAAAGCCGUUUCUAGAAAUCUAGUAUCUGCCAUGCAUCAAGCUGCUCGGUUUGAUAAAACAUAUGCUAUGAGUAAGCUCCUGGACAAGAUACCUAGACUAGGGGAAGCAAUGGAGGGAAAUGACAGAACUCCUCUCUAUUCAGCUGCUUACAAAGGCUGCCGUGAUGCUGCAGAACUAUUGAUCAAAAAGGGACGCUGUAAUGUGAAUGCAGUUGAUAGCGAAUGUGGAACCUGUCCUCUUGCUGCAGCUAUAUUCUUUCAGAAUUUCCAUUUAGUCGAUGUCUUGGUAAAGCAUGGUGCAGACAUCAACCUUCCAAACAUUGUUGGAAAAACGUCCUUGCAAUUUGCCGUCGAUGUCCAUGCUACUCGAGGACAAGACAUGAAAGAAGAGCCAUACAUGGCUGAGAUGAAGAUGAAAUGGGGACACCUUGGCAUUAAGACGAACUCAGAUGCUCUCCUUGCCUUCCUUGUCUCUCACGGUGGUGACCUGAAUGCAUUCAACAGUGAAAGGGUGACAAUAAAGACACUGCUUCAGCAUCAACCAAUCCUGCAACCUCUACUUGAAAUCCAAAGUCAGAGAGGGAAAGACAUCGCCAGACAGCAGAGCACAGCCAAUCGCCCCCUGCGUACCCUGACGGUGAAAACCAAUGACACUGGAGCUGAGGCCAACUCUGUCUCCUCUCUCUUACAGAAAAGCACUGGUAGACAAGAUUCAAAGAAACAGAGCUCUGGAGACUCCUCGGAGAAGUUUGCAGCGGGAUCAGGAAUACAGCAGAAAUCUUCAGGCGAUUUGCAUCACCUCCAAGCUGAGCUCCAGCGCAAAGAUGAAGAGCUAGAAACCCUUCGGUCAAGGGUCAAGACACUGGAACACCUGAUCAAGAAGAAAAUCUCCUUCACUUGUGGCCAUAAUGUCAUCCGAAGCAUUGCUGAGCUCGUCCCUGAAUGCCCAUAUUGCAGCGAGCCAAUUUCUUCAGUCGUUGACUUGCAGUAGGGACUUUACCCUCUUAAUACAGAGGAGUGGAAACCUUUUUAGGAUAAAUAUAAAGGAUUGCCACCUUUAGAACUGAAUAUACAUUCAAAUAUAGUAAUUUAAUAGUUCUUCUGUUUAAUAGUGGAUCGCCGUGUUUUAUUUUCAAUGUAGUUUUCCUUUCCAAAACGAAGAAUGAUCCCUAAUAUCACUCUCCCAAAGUGGAUUUCCACUCCUGUUCAUAAUUAUCGAGGGCAUUGCAAUUAUAAGGGUUAACGCCUCUUGGUUCUCAUCGCACGUGUAGAGGUAUUACCACUAAAUAUUUUGAAGGCUGAGAUUUCAAUACCACAUUUGUUUACCCAUGGCGGCGCAACUUUAGUGAUCAAUAUUAAUUCAAAUCAUUGCUGGGGUAACAUGACAAAGAGUUCAUUGAAACUACAUGAUUCGCAUGUCCUCAAAAAAAGAUUGACUUUAAUGCCAUUUCCGUAAUGCACUAGUAAUCAUUUUUUUUUCCAUAUUUUUCCCUCAACAGGGAUUUUAUUGAUUUUCAUUUGAAACACAAACAAAAAUAUAUA